AUGUCCAGAGCCCUCAAUGUCAUGCAAAUGGAGGAGGAGGAUGUCCUCAAAAUCCUUGCAGCAGGAACCCACUGAGCUGGCACCAACCUUGACUUCCAAAUGGAACAGUACAUCUACAAAAGGAAAAUUGAUGGCCUCUACAUCAUAAAUCUGAAGAGAACCUGGGAGAAGCUUCUGCUGGCAGCUGAUGCCAUUGUUGCCAUGGAAAACCUCGCUCAUGUCAGUGUCAUAUCACCCAGGAAUACCGGUCAGCAAGUUGUUCUGAAGUUUGCUAAUGCUACCAGAGCCACUUGGACUGCUGGCCAUUUCACCUCUGGAACCUUCACUAACCAAAUCCAGGCAGCCUUCUGGGAGCUGAGACUUUUGGUGGUUAUUGAUCCCAGGUGGUUACUUGACCACCAGCCUCUCACAGAGACAUCUUAUGUUAAUCUGCCUACCAUUGUUCUGUGUAACACAGACUGUCCUUUGCGCUAUGUGGACAUUGCCAUCCCUUGCAACAACAAGGGAGCUCACUCAGUGGGUCUGAUGUGGUGGAUGCAGACCCAGGAAGUUCUGCACAAGUGUGGCACCAUUUCCUGUGAACACCCAUGGGAGGUAAUGCCUGAUCUCUACUUCUACAGAGAUUCUGAAGAUAUUGAAAGGAAAGAGCGGGCUGCUGCUGAAAAGGCUGUGACCAAGGAAGAAUUUCAGGGUGAAUGGACUGUUGUAGCUCCUGAGUUCAUCGCUACUCAACCUGAAGUUGCAGACUGGUGUGAAGGCAUGCAGGUGUCCUCUGUGCCUGUUAGCAGUUCCUACCGAAGACGAGAGCACUCAGCCUGCCACUGAAGACUGGUCUGCAGC